CGUAUGUCUUUAUGUAUCUGGUUUAUAGGCUAAACACGUAAUUUUCAGCUAAUCUACUGAUUUGCUUUAUAGAGUGGUUGCGGUUCUCUGUGAACAAUUUGUUUCCGAGUAGGCUUAAUCACAAAUUCCUGUGAACAUAUGGCACAUUUACUAAAAAAAAGUCGUAGCAAUCUAAACGUUGAAAGUCAAUGUUUGAAAUCAAUGUUAUUUUAUGAAUAACAUCAAAUCAAUGUUAUUAUAAAAAUGUUAAAUAAUAAAAUAAAUGCUAUUAAUCAAUGUCAAAAUGUUUUUUUAAAUCGGUGUUAUUACAAUGAAUAAACAUUGAUUGAAUAUAGGUUUUGAAACGAAUAGGUCUAACCUACCUCAGUGAUCGCCUAUAGGAGUUGGAUUUCAGGGGGACGGACGAGGAGAGGGGGUCUAUUUCCUUUAUAUGCCGGACGGUCCAACCCAACCCAGAGUCAGUCAGGCGUAUAUCCUAUAUGUAUCCAAACUGUUUGCAAAGAUAGUGCACUCACUGCAGCGGUCACAUUGGGAUCUUAACUGGAUAUUAACAAGACAAGUUUUGGCUCUCUGCUGAAAAGACAGAAGAUGGACUCAGCUAUCCACAGCCACCUUGUGCGGAACCAGUCCAGUCUGAUUCUGCACGCUGGGUAUUCAAACGACACCUGUCGCUUCAAUGAGGAGUUUAAGUACAUCCUACUGCCUGUGUCCUACAGCCUGGUGUGUGUUAUGGGUCUGGUGCUGAACUCAGUGGCUCUGUGGAUGUUCCUGACCAAGAUGCGACCGUGGAACCCCAGCACCGUCUACAUGUUUCACCUGGCCCUGUCAGACUUCCUGUAUGUUCUCUCCCUGCCCACCCUCAUCUACUACUACGCUAACCGCAGCCACUGGCCCUUUGGCGUCGCCGCCUGCAAGAUCGUCCGCUUCUUGUUCUACGCCAACCUCUACUGCAGCAUCCUUUUCCUCACCUGCACCAGCGUCCACCGCUACCUGGGCAUCUGCCACCCCAUCAAGGCCCUGACCAUGGUGAAGCCGCGCCAUGCCCAUGCCGUGUGUGGCAUGGUGUGGGCUGCCGUCACGGCGUGUCUGGUGCCCAACCUCAUCUUCGUCACCACCAGUCAGAGGGACAACGACACGUUGUGUCACGAUACGACCAGUCCGGAGCAGUUUGAGGAGUAUGUGGACUACAGCUCUACGGUCAUGGUCCUGUUGUUCGGCGUUCCCUUCGUGGUCAUCAUGGUCUGUUACUGUCUGAUGGCGAGGACUCUGUGUCGGCCCAGACGGGGGCUUUCGCCCAGCCAGCGGAGCUCACCUUCACGCACCAAGUCCAUUAAGCUGAUUGUGGUGGUGCUGGUGGUGUUCGCCGUGUGUUUUGUACCUUUCCACAUCACACGCACCCUCUACUAUACCUACCGCGUGCUGGAUGCCAAAUGUGAAUUCCUGAACAUUGUUAACUUUGCCUAUAAGAUCACCAGGCCCCUGGCCAGUGUGAACAGUUGUAUUGAUCCCCUCCUGUAUUUCCUGGCUGGGGAUCACUACCGCGCUAAGCUGGUCAAAGCUCUCACUGGUAAGAGACAGACAACCACCAGUCGCUCUGCUGCCUACCUGCAAAACCGCCCCAGUAACAACCAUGAGAUCGCCCUGGUCUAUAAGAACUCAGACUCGAAAGCCAGCGGUGAACCUGAGAGAUAGUGGGUCAUUCAUAUGGACAUCUAUGGGGUAUCAUAUAUAGAUAUGCCUAACCUCCGUCAUAUAAACACGGAGGAAGCGGUUAACAGUCCUGGGCUGGCCACCACACAGCUGCACUUCCUUUGGAUGCUGUUCUGUCAUUUCGGACACCGGAUGACUACAUGGUGAUCGGUAGGGCCUCAUUACAGAGCCCAGAUCUGUGAGAGGUUCAGUUCCUAUAAGGCUGUUGGGGCAAAGCCUUUCCUUAAAGGGGAAUGAAGAAGUGGGCUUGGGAUUGGUCAGAAAACAGACCCCUUAUCACCAACAGCAUUUUGCAGCAGUGUUGGGUGCAGUACCGUUAAAUCCUAUCUACAUUCCCCCUUGUUAGCAAGAAUCUAUGUGAAAACCAAGUCUGUUUUAUACAUUUACAUACAGUCUCUAGUUCCUACUCUGAAUGCUUUUCCGUCAGUUUCCCUCAUUUUCAUUGUGGCGGUUGUAGUGUUUGGAAGACAGAGUUAAAAUCCUUUCAACCAGGGAAACAAAACAGUCUCUGUGUCUCUGUCUGAGCCAGACUGUAGUUUCCUACUGUUACCACAGACUGAGGAACUACAGGAACAAAGCCUGUUUUGUACAAUAGCUACAGAACUCUGAAGAGCAGAAGGAAAAACAAUGUAUGCAAUCUAUCAUCUAAAUGUUUGGACUUGUGUUAUUAUGGCAGCACGUACUCAGAGAGAAGAUUUGUGAAUGGAUAUGACAGAUGUUAAAAACAGUGUGUUAUUGUGAUCAUCAAGAGAGAAGGUCAAAAUCCUAGAAAACAUUAUUUAGACUUAUGAUCGAAGGGUUUUCUCUGGCUUCCAGUAAGUGUGGAAGUGACAUCAUAUUUAGCAACAGGCUCAGAUAUUGUGAGGCAAUCUGAAACAGUUUAACAGAAACAGUGCAUGUACCAGGAGACUCAUUCUGGUAGAUAUUGGAGCUUUAUCCCUCUCCCAGCUGUUUUUGUCCUUCAGCGCAGAGCCUCCACAGCUGUCUCUCUAUCUGUCUCUUCUGUGAGGAAACCAGGGGAGGGGUGGUGUGGGGGAGUAGAGAGACUGAAUGGGUGUGUAGGCCGGAGUAUCAACUCCAUCCAACAACCCACACUACGGAUAAAGGGGGGAUUUUCCUUCAUUAUCCAAUUGGGACGUAGACCUGCACACAACACGGCUAUUUUCACACUGAUUUUGGUUGUUGUUGUUGUGGACAGUCUGUCCAUGGCAAAGCAGAUAUCUCUGUAAAGUAGAUUGAACGUCAGAGGUCCGUUCCUAAGGGUACUUAAAGUACUAUACUGCUGUCAUGUUUAAGCUACUAGUAAUGUUUAUAAACGGCAUUAUAACCUAGGUUCAAGGUAUGAUAGGAAAACACUUGGUUCUAUAGGUCUAUAACAUUAUAAUGACAUUAAAUAUAUGUUUUAUA